CCUGCCUGAGGCCGUGUGUUGGACCUGGUCAAGGCUGGGGAACCCUAGCUGCCUUAUAAAGAGACCAGCAGCAGCGGCACGGCAGCACAGACGUUGGCGAGGACCGCUCUGCUCCAGUCCACAACUGUGCUCACUACACGGGAAAGAUGGCACCGGUGGCCGGCAAGAAAGCCAAGAAGGGGAUCUUAGAACGCUUAAGUGCUGGAGAAGUUGUGAUUGGAGAUGGAGGAUUUGUCUUUGCACUGGAAAAGAGGGGCUAUGUAAAGGCUGGACCCUGGACGCCGGAAGCUGCCGUGGAGCACCCCGAGGCAGUCCGCCAGCUUCAUCGGGAGUUCCUCAGAGCCGGGUCGAACGUCAUGCAGACUUUCACUUUCUACGCAAGUGAAGACAAGCUGGAAAACAGAGGGAACUAUGUGGCGGAGAAGAUUUCUGGGCGCAAGGUCAACGAAGCUGCCUGUGACAUCGCACGGCAAGUGGCUGACGAAGGAGACGCUUUGGUGGCAGGAGGCGUGAGCCAGACGCCGUCGUACCUCAGCUGCAAGAGCGAGAUGGAAGUUAAAAAGAUAUUUCACCAACAGCUAGAGGUCUUCAUGAAGAAGAAUGUGGACUUCCUCAUUGCAGAGUAUUUUGAACAUGUUGAAGAAGCCGUGUGGGCAGUGGAAGCCUUGAAGACAUCCGGUAAGCCUGUAGCGGCUACCAUGUGCAUCGGACCAGAAGGAGAUCUGCACGGCGUGUCCCCUGGAGAGUGCGCGGUGCGCCUGGUGAAAGCAGGCGCCUCCAUUGUCGGUGUGAACUGCCACUUCGACCCCAGCACCAGCUUACAGACCGUGAAGCUCAUGAAGGAGGGUCUGGAGGCUGCUCGGCUGAAAGCGUACUUGAUGAGCCAGCCCCUGGCCUACCACACCCCUGACUGUGGCAAACAGGGAUUUAUUGAUCUCCCAGAAUUCCCCUUUGGAUUGGAACCCAGAGUUGCGACCAGAUGGGAUAUUCAAAAAUAUGCCAGAGAGGCCUACAACCUGGGGGUCAGGUACAUCGGCGGCUGCUGCGGGUUUGAGCCCUACCACAUCAGGGCGAUCGCAGAGGAGCUGGCCCCAGAAAGGGGAUUUUUGCCACCGGCUUCAGAAAAACAUGGCAGCUGGGGAAGUGGUUUGGACAUGCACACCAAGCCCUGGAUCAGGGCCAGGGCCAGAAAGGAAUACUGGCAGAAUCUUCGAAUAGCUUCUGGCAGGCCAUACAACCCUUCGAUGUCCAGGCCGGAUGCUUGGGGAGUGACCAAAGGAACAGCCGAGCUGAUGCAGCAGAAGGACGCCACUACUGAGCAGCAGCUGAGGGAGCUCUUCGAAAAACAAAAGUUCAAAUCUGCACAGUAGCCACGGGGCAAUGGCUUGGGGUGAAUUCGCCCAUGUCUGGGCUACAGAUGGAAGUCAGCGUCUGUGCUAAGACCAAGCUACACCUAUGAUUGGCGCUAGCUAGACAAAAUGGAAUCACAAAUAGCAUUUACAGUUACAGAACAGUUUCAGAAAUUUACUUAGAAGCAAAGAAAGGAAAAGUUCACAGUAAAUUCCAAACAGAUUUCCUAAGUACCUCCCAUGUAAUAGGCAUACAGAAGUCACUGCAACAAAGAGAACGUCACCUGGAUGUCAAUCCCAUUUCAAGUAGGAACACAGGACACAAACCACCCUAAGUGUCAUAAUAACUACUCAGGGACUAUACCACAGAUGACACAGCAACCAACUUUAUCUAAGGCACUUCUGGCAAGGGACCCCAAGAUCUUUUGAGCACAGCCCUUAGAAACAUUAUACGCACCAGCCCUGUAAAACUUAACAUAUAACCACAAAGAAGAAAUGACAGAUCCAUUCUGGAAUUUUCUGUUCUGGCUUCUUCCAUUCCAUUCAUUAAUAAAAACAUGCUUGCUGAAAACCUUCAAGAUAA